AUGGGGGCUGGCGGCUAUUCGACGGCGCGGAAUAAACGAGCCGCUCAACGCCUCCGCGACGCGCUUCUCACCGGCGAUCUCGCCGUCGGCUUGUGCAUUCUCAUCGGCCAACAAAAGGAUUGCAUCGUGUUCAGAGAGAGCGAGAAUUUGCCGUUGAAGUUGGUCGGCGAAAUGGUGGACGAAUGCAACGACACACUGCGCCAAUUGGCGACGUUCCUCAACUCGUACCUCAAAUCCGACGAGUAUUGCCGGCGAUUUCCGUCGCCGCGCGCGCUUCUCGUCGAUUAUCAUUUGCGCAUCGAGAUCGCCAUGUUUUUGACGCGGCCGAAAUUGAUGGCGAAACUCGCCGACGCGUAUGAUUCGUCGAAGAAGGCGCUGAAAGGCGGCGAGAAGGUGAAGUUGGAGAGCGCGCAAAAGACGGACCUAUUCAAUCGGGCGAUGAAUGAGACGAUCGAGCAACUCUGCGAUGAGCUCAAACCGGAAAUUGACCGCAAAAUGGUGUUGGUGUCGGCGAGAAUGUUCGCCACGUUUUGGCUUCUCUCCAAUUAUGAUAUUGAAGUGCCGACGGGCGCGUAUGAGCGAGCUGUUGAGAAUUUGAAGAAGCAAGCGGCCGAUGAGAAUAAUCGUGGAAAACGCGCCGAGGAGCGAUUGAAACAAAUGGAAGCGAAAUUGCGCGAUGAGCAGAAACGACAAACCGAGCAUGUGGAGCGCGUGAAAACGUGGCUGGAAACGGUCAAAGACGAUUUGUUUUUAAAGGCGCAUCCAAAGCAGAAUUACGAUUUCUUCAUGCAGACGUGCAUUUUGCCGCGCGUUUUGUUCUCGGAACUUGACGCGAUGUAUUGCGCCAAAUUGGUGCAUUUGUUGCACCAACAGAAGACUGCGUAUCAUUUUACGGUGUUCACCAUUGAUCAUACGUUCAACAACAUUUUGCCGCUGAUUUGCGGUUUGACCGAGAAUGAGGCGAACUCGCUCGGAUGCUACAUGGAGAGCCUAUUGCAGCUCGCCGUUCGCUGGCACGGCGACCAUGAAAUAUUCAAGAAGGAGUUUGAGGGAUUCCCGGGCUCGAUAACGAAAAAUCCGAUUGAUUACGCGAGCUUUCGAAAAUUGAAUUAUAAUUGGCAGUCCCGAAUGACGAAAACUUUCACGACGGUGUUGGAGCGAGACGAUUGCGAUUAUGUGGCGAUCAGGAAUUGUCUCAUCAUAAUGGCUAGACUCACGCCCGUCUUUCCGCUUAUUCAGAAUUUUGUUCAGCGAAUGGAAGCGACGGUGACGAAGGUUCGCGAUCGCGAGAAAGGCAAACGCGACGAUUUGUCGCUUAAAGCUGCCUCGUAUUUGGGAAAACUCAAAAUGCGAAACGUGAAAAUUUACGCGGAAGCGUCGGAAUUCGCGCCGAUCACCGUCAAAAAGGUUGGCGGUGUGACGGCGGCGGCGGCGGCGGCGAAAAAGUCCGAGCAGCCGGAAGUAGGCGUCGAAGAGCCGGUGGUGAAGAAGAUUCGAAUAUCGGAACAUUUGAUGGCUAAUGGAGCGUCGGAGAAGAAGAAGCGUCCCAAGAUUGAGCUGUAUGAGGCGCCGAGGAAUCGCGAGAAGAAGAAGGAUGACAAACAGGACGCCGAAGAAGGCGAAGUCGACUCGCCAUCACCGCCGCCGAGCAAAAAGUCGAAGGUUGAGGAUGAUAAGCAUAAAAAGACGGCCUCUAAAAAGAAAGAAUCAUCGAAUGAUUAUGUGAAAGAGCGGAAAAUCGAGGUGAAACGCAAAGAUAAGGAGAAUGGAGAUGCCAAAGAAGAAAAAGAAGGGAAAGAUGUUGCUGGGCCGGAAAUUCCGGAAGGCCUUGUCAAACGCGAUGAGAAGCUGAAAGCUAAGAAGCAUGAGGAUUCGCACUCGAGAAAAGAUCGAUCUGAGAAGAAGAAGGAUCGUAAGAGUGCGGAUGUUAAAGUGACGAAAAUUGCUGAAGCACAACACAAAAGCCGCGAUAAAGAGAAAGAUCGAAGCAGAAUCACGGAGAAAAGGUUAUCCAAUCGGUAA